UGUUACUUCACUACAAAGAAGCAACAUGCGGCUGGUCUUGGUACGGUUCUGUCUUCUGCUGGCGAUUGGUCUCGCAGUUGAUAUAGGCUGCAAAAAUGUUGAACGGAUUUAUAUAAAACAUGGUAUACGCCAGUGUUUGUGUAAACAGGGAUAUUUUGGUUACCACUGUGAGAAAACUUGCAACACGGCCUUUGCUGUUGAUAAAGCACGAAGAUGGACUAGGUUGUGUUGUGUGAAACAAGUGAGAGACAUAUGCAAGCGGUCAUGCGCUCUCUGCUCCGGACCCACAUGCAAGGAUCUGAAAAAGAGUUUGUGUACGAAAGUGAUAAAAUGGUCAGCCGAACGAGCAAAAAGGACGCUUUGUGCAAAAUGGACGAGAUCAUGCUGGAAAGAGUGCCGCUAAA